UAAGGUAACAUUCACAAAAAUUUAAUUAAUUGAAUUAUUAAAAUUACUAAUUAACCAGCCACUCCUUCUCACUGCAGACUUAGUAAAAUCAGAGAAAUAAUGUCUAUGUCACAGGAGCUGCAUGAGUUGCCUUCUUCUUUCCGAGGAGAGAUGAAUGACUUGGAUCGGAUUGACACACUAGCUAUUAAAAUAAAUGAAAGACAAGAAGAGUCAUGUAUGUGCCUCCUACAAGAAGAAACUGUAAAGGAAAUGACCAUAGAUGUCCCUGUCCCACAUGUAAAUUUCUCUUUCAAUAAAAACCCUCUUCGUCAGAAAGCUGCAUCUCUCCUAAUCUCUUGUUUGGGGGAGUUAUUUGGGACUUGGCUGUUGACACUUAUCAUUUGCUCUGUGGUUGCUGCAGCUAUUAUUACACUUUUAGCUUAUAUAGGACUAGUAUGUCACUUUACUAUUUCAUGUUGUCUAUUUUGUCCUUAUACAGAAGCCCAGAAAGGCUUAUGGCAGGUUGCAUUACCAGCUGGUUUUGGUGUGUCUAUAUCAAUAUUCAUAUCAGCUCAUUUCUCAGAUGCUCAUCUUAACCCUGCUGUAUCUAUUGCCUUUGCCGUCGUGCGAUUCCACCAGUUUCAUUGGUCACGUUUAGGCCCUUACGUCCUCUCACAGUUCCUUGGUUCUCUGAUUGCUGGUCUAACUGUAUUUGCAUUCUAUCAUGGAGCAAUACAGUCAUUUGAAGCAGCUCAUAACAUCACAAGGGGGGAGCCUGGGAGUCAGCUAUCAGGAAUGGUUUUUGGAGAAUACUUCCCUAACCCGGCCCUCUACAACCACAACGAGUUCUCUAGCGUGAUGUCAGUUUUUGAGGCCUUCCUGGUUGAAGCCUGGGGCACAUUUAUACUUGUCUUUGUUAUUUUCAGUCUCACUCAUCCAAGCAAUAGUACUAUAUCUAACACCAAAGUAGUAGUACCAAUUGCUAUUGGUAUAACUGUUGCAGUGAUCAUCAGUAUCUAUGGGCCAUUAACUCAAGCAGGUCUCAAUCCUGCUAGAGACUUUGGGCCACGCGUGAUUGCAGCUCUGGCAGGAUGGGGUACCAUAGCCAUACCUGGCCCUAGAUAUGGUUUCUGGUUGUACAUUGUAGGACCGAUUAUCGGAGGAGUAUUAGGAGGAGGGGCAAGUGAUUUAACCCUUUACUGUUUUAGAAGAUUCAAGAAGGAGAGUCAUUAAACAUGCAAGACUAAAUAAUUAUCAUAUUUUAUUAUGUUGGUUUGUUCUUUUAAUAAUUGUGACAUAAAA